GGCGCUAUUUCUAAAGAAAGCAUAAAGAUCCCAAAAAACCCUCGCGUCAAGGAAGCGAGGUGAUUGAAUUAGAAAUGGACAUGCCGCGUAUGUAAAGGUAAACGAAUAACAGCGACCCGUGAGCGCCUAGUGCCUUCAAUAAUUUCCUCCAGUACAGGUUAGAUUAGAAUUUGGCAGGCCAGAUUUUUGUACAAACAUUCCGCUAUUUUACAGCCGGAAUUCUCCAUUGUUUUGGAGCUUUCCAACCGUUCUAACAACUGCGCCUGCUGUCGAGACCUCGCCAACGCAAUGUUUCAACCCUUCUGGGGAGCACAACACCCAACAGAACCAACUUUUCCAAACAUCUCAGCUCAGUCAUGGUAUCAACCUUCUGUGUUAUCUUCGUUGACAGAAACGUGUUACCCUCCAUUACCAAAUAAUUUAAUUCCAGCUGGGCCCAAUUCAUUCCAGAGAGCAGGUGAUUGCACAAAUACAUGUCCUGCACCCCGACCUCAAUCUCCAUUUUAUUCUGAUCUAUCUCCAGAAACAAGAGGACUCGUAUUUUCUCUUCUGGCAGAAAAAAGUGAGGAUGAGUUAAGGACAUAUUUGACAGACAAAGAUGCUUACAACAAAAUUCUACACUCUAUAGGCGAAGUGAAGCAUAUGGGCCAUCUACGGGAUGACCUUUGCAUGAAGACAACACAAUUAGCAAGAAAAAAUAUAGAAAAUGCCACCCAAAUUGCGGAGCUCAAAAAUCAGUGUGCGAUUAUAAGGACCACUGAGUUGGCAGUUGCCGAGGAAAAGUUCUCUGAGCUUGAGAAGCAAGGACAGGAGCUUGCUAGCCUUUCGCCUGUGGUUCUUCUAGAAAAGCUUGGAGAUGCUGCUAAUAUAAUUGAUGAAGAAUCAGAAAAUCUUCAGCAUCUCAUCAUGUCUGGUGAAAUUGAAUUAUCUGAUUUUAUUCAGAACUACAAAAAGAUGCGCAGAGUCUAUCACACACGGACGUUACUUCGUUUAGCAGCUAUGGCAUCUAUUUCUGCUUGAUUAAGCUGUCACUGAACUGCAAAAUGGCAUAAUGCUGAUCCAGAAGUUGAGGGUGUAUCCUUCCGCAUAUUAUUGAAAGCAUUUCCAGAGGAAUUUCCUUUAACAAUGCAAGCUGGAAGGAUUGGUGUGCCCUGGUGCAGAAAAUUCUUUCAUAUUUGAGUGGGUAAGGCUUAUUUGUAAAAAAAAUUGUGGUUAUAAUUUCUGAAGCAAGCAUUGAAGUGGAGCUCUGGACUUGAAUUGUUGCUCCAGGUGUUGUUCGCCAUUAUUCUGUAUUCUGUACAAUAUGUUUAAUUGAUACAAAUCUAUCCUUCCUGCUGUACAGACUGCAGUUGCACAUGAACAUUUACAAAUUUCAAGGCAUUUUCUGUGAUACAAAUUGCAAGGCCUGAGUGGUUUUGGGGAUAUCUAACCUGACAUAAGUUUUAAAUGAUGGUGAUAGUUGUUGGCAAGCUUGUGUACAUAAUUGAAUUUGUUUUCAUAAAGGUUGGACACCGUUGCCAAUUUAGAAGAUGACUAACCAGUUCCAGUUUUCCUGGAUCUGUGAUUCGUCUCCUUUGCCCCUUUUGAGUAAUGAACGUGUGAAUUUAGCAGUCUGCUUUACUUAUUCGCUAA